GCAACAAUGAAAAGAAACUCCGUGCCAAAAUUGAUUGCCCGUGAAACUUCUAGUCGCAAAACAACUCGCCCUCAUAAUGACACGCCUUUCAUGGCUAUGCGUACUAUCUGUAUCAGGUAGAAGUUUUUUCUCUUCAGUAUCACUAUCACUCGCCCUUCCUACUUGGCUGUUGUUGAACUCCGUGCCUUUACUAGAGACUUCUGAGGUUUUCAACAUCGUGAAGAACUCGACCACAUUUUCAAAGUUUGCAUUCGCAACAGAAGUACUCGACACGACGUUAGCUGGCGAAGUGCCUGCAGAUCAAGAUGACACGCCUGACACGACGCAAGUGGAAGCGGGUUUUAACCCUGAGGAGCCUGACGCGGAACAAACAAGCGACGAAAAACUGUCGGAGCACUCAUCGGCGUCCUCGGGGAGGACACGAACCUACUGUCCGCCACUCCCAAACUUCACCUACGACCUUCUUCGCGCUGUCGAAGAGGCAAACUGGGUCGCGGAAAAGGACGUCGUGCGAGCGGUGCCUUCGUAUGAAACGUCCCUGCAGCUUUUUAGCGGGUGGCUUAACCACGAAUGGGUCAAGGUUAAGCGGUGGGGUGGUCGAGACAGAACCACCAGUACAACUGACCAGAAGAACAAAAUGGGUAGGAGUGUGAAUCACCUCCCCACCCCUUUGAAUCACCUCCCCACGCAUCACCCCCCCACCCGGAUCACCUACCCACCUCCCCCGCAUCACCUCGUGAUGCGGUCGCAUCACCACCGCAACGGCCGGAGGUGAUGCAGAAGCAGAGCCGACUGCGGCCUUGGUUGUUUGGGUCUAGGGUUUAGGGUUCGGGGUUUGGGUUCGUCGAGGCCAGCCGGCGCGACGGCGCCGUCGCGCCGGCUGGCCUCGACGAUUCUCUCCUCCCCCUGUUGUUUGCUACCUCUCCGCCCGUGCGCGCCACCCUUCUGGAUUCCGCUUUUCCUUGGUCCUUAUGUUGUGCGCCCUAUGCCCCGGGCGUGCUUCCGUGCCUUGACUCCUUGUGGCAUUGCCUUGCGGGUGUCUGGGUCGUUCCAUGUUCGCCAUCUUAGGGCCGCCGGCCGCCACUUGGUGGCCGCGGGAUGCGGACUCAUGUGCGUUGUGGCAGAUGCCUGGCUUCAUGGCCGCGAGGUAGAUCGAUGGCACAGAAGCCAAGCAGCAAGCAUCCAGACGUAGUCCUCGCGUUCUGGUCGACCAUCACGGGGAGGCGCAGCGCUGUGGGGAAGUGUUGGACGACAGGGAGGUGGGGAGGUGGGGAAGUACCUCCCCACCUCCCCACUAUUGGAAAGGUACCUCCCCACACGUGGGGAGGCACCUCCCCAGGGUGGGGAGGUAGGGAGGUGGGGAGGUGAUGCGUGGGGAGGUGAUUCACACCAUAACCAACAAAAUGGACGAAGAGCUCAGCGCGAAGAAGUCAGCGCCCUUUCUCGUGCGUUUCCUGCAGAAAACCGCCGCCAGUGUUCCUGUGUCGAGAUCGAGAACAGGCAAAAAGAAAAAUGACCACAAGUACUCUAACCCGCAUCUUCUUCCCCCGAAAAAGAAACAGCACCUCCUCCGGUCUUUCCUGCGGAAGGAAUUCUUUGCCAG